UCGCCCAACUCACCUCACGGCUCACUCACAGCGGCGCAGGUUGCCGAGGAACGAGUGGGGCGCUGCGCUCGCGCGUAUGGUGGAAGCGGAAUUUUGUGCCUGUGCAGAAUUUUUAAAAGCAUCUGAAAAAGAAUUAACAGAAUAAAACAAAAGGAAAAACAAAAACACAAGCACGUGCGACCACAAGGAAGCAAAGCUGAGAGUUUUCUAUAAACUGACAACACGUUUUCUUUCUAACGUUUGGGAAUAUUCAUGAAAGGACGGCGACACUCGAGCCGGCUGAGGGUAAGGAAGGAUUGUUGCCAUCGAGAAGCCCGUCCCACACUGAGCGUCACCUACGAUCAGGUUUUUCCCCAAGGAGAUUAUUUCUUCUGAAGAUCAUGGAAUAUGGAAGAGAGGCAUUGGCAGGAGAAGGGCAGCGAUGGUCCACAUGAGAUUUCCACAUAUGUGCAAUGGGCACCUCUGGUCUUCUGAUGUCCAAACAAGACAUCGAUUGCAAUCUUUUCUCCACUAUGGUUUAGUGGACUUUCACAGGAGACAAUGACUUCCCUUCUUACAAAUGGGAAUCGAAACAGCCAGGCCCUGAACCUGCGAGGCGUGGACCCAGAAACAUGCACAAUCGUUUUCAAAAACCACUGGGCUCAGGUGGUGAAGAUCCUUGAGAAGCAUGACCCCCUGCGUGGCAACGGUAACACUGCCGGUAUUGGAGUCGGUGGCAGCAGCCUCCGCUUUGGCCCCAUUCCAAUCGAUGAAGCCAGUGCUGUGCAGAAUUAUGUGGAGCACAUGCUGUUCCUCAUGAUGGAGGAGGAAUGUGGGCAAUCUGGUGCCAUGGGCCCCAUCUUGGAAUUCGUGGUCUCCGAGAACGUCAUGGAGAAGCUGUUUUUGUGGAGCCUGCGGAGGGAGUUCACAGAUGACAUGAAGAUCGAACAGCUGAAGAUGUACGAGAUGUUGGUGUGUCAGUCCCGGCAGCCCCUAUUACAUCACAAACCCAUCCUGCGACCCCUGAUGAUGCUGCUGAGCUCCUGUUCUGGGACGGCCACACCGUCCGUGGAAGCUGAACUUGUCAUUCUACUCAAUCAGCUUUGUUCCAUUUUGGCUAAAGACCCCUCAAUUCUGGAGCUAUUCUUUCAUACCAGCGAGGACCAGGGUGCAGCUAACUUCCUGAUUUUCUCCCUUCUUAUUCCUUUCAUUCAUCGCGAGGGCACAGUUGGUCAGCAAGCCCGUGAUGCCCUGCUAUUCAUCAUGGCACUGUCAGCAGAGAACCAUGUUGUCGCCAACCAUGUCGUGGAGAACACCUACUUUUGUCCAGUGCUGGCGACUGGUCUAAGUGGUCUCUACUCUUCCCUCCCCACCAAGUUUGAAGUGCACAGUGAGGACUGGCACUGCCUGCAGCGAGAAGAUUGGGUUCAGGUUCCAGCUCUGGUCCAGUUCAUGAAUUCCCUUGAGUUUUGUAAUGCAGUAAUACAGGUGGCACAUCUCUCCAUCAGAUCCCAGCUGAUCGACUACAUUUACAAUGGCUUCCUUGUGCCCGUGGUGGCGCCUGCUCUUCAUAAGCUCACUGUGGAAGAAGUGAUGACCACCACGGCUUAUCUGGACCUGUUUCUCCGCAAUAUAUCUGAGUUGGCACUGCUGCAGAUAUUCCUUAGCUUCAUCUUUCUACACAAGCAUGAGAAUGUGCACAUUUUGGACACUUUGGUCAGCCGAAUCAACACGCCCUUCCAGCUCGGCACGGUGUCUCUUGCCUUGUUCCGGACUCUGAUUGGCCUGCACUGUGAAGAUGUAAUGCUGCAGCUUGUCUUGAGGUACCUAAUCCCCUGCACUCACAUGAUGCUGAGCCAGCGGCGGGUUGUGCGGGAGCGGGACUGCUACUCCAUGUCAGCUGCCAAAUUCCUUGCCCUCACUCCUGUCUACAGCUCUCAAGGACUCAGCCCGGAAUUUCAGAAACUGACGCCGGAUUACAUCCUCUGGUCCAAGAACUCUGGCAAUGAGGGUUCUGAUGAAGCCAUCCUGGAUCUCAGCGGUCAAGAGUACGCUUGCAUUGUAGGGCCGGGGAAGGUCAUGGACAUUGGUUACCUGCAGUAUCUGUAUGAAGCCCGGGAGAAGAUCUCACUGUGCAUUAAGGCCUGCCAGGUCUGGUCAGCUGCAUAUGAUAGCGAGGACCCACCACCUGAAUGCAUCUGCUCAGGGUCAGGUGAUGAUAGGCUCAGGCAGUCCACUCCAUCACACCAGCCCCAGAUGCCUGGGCACCACACUACCUCUGACCGUUUGUUUCCUUCAGAGAGGAGCCAACAUCUGGAGCUGGAAUGGGACAACAGCUAUGACACUGGCAUGUCCCCUGACUCUGAGCCAGGCUCCCUGUUUUCGAAGGACGCUCCUCUUGUUGAUCCACCAAAGCAUAUUCAGGAAAUGCGGAAGAACGCCAUCAUGCUCGUUAAAGGCUCCUACAUUGAGGAGUCGGAUUUUCAGGACGAUUUCAUGGCAUACAAACUGGUUUCACAGAAAGACUCACUGGAUACAGUUGACGCUGUUCUGAGCAAAGGUGGCAGUCCCGAGCAACAGACAGUGAACACCUCCACACAAAGGGAUCAGCCAGUCAGCAAUGGCCUCCUAACCUCCCUUCCCAAAAAUGAAGUGGAGCUUAAAAAUAAGAUGAACAGCAGCCUCAGUCAGCCGGCCGGCACCCCAGAGAACACAAAGGGCCAGAAACCCAACUUCAGGCAAAAGGCCUCAGGUGGUGAGGAGGAUGACAUCAUGGCCCAAUACAGUGAACUCCUGAAGGGCUUGGGCAUCAGUGCAGAAGGGGCACAGGACGCUAAAGGGGACUCCGCCGAGCUCACCAUGCCCAUGGAAGAAGACGACGUAGAUUUUAAUGCCUUCAAUGGAGAGCAGCCAGAGCAGGAAAAAAUGUCACCUCCAUUUGGCACCAAAAACUGGGCAGCGAAUAACAGCAGUGUCACCCGCGACAAAGGAGUGCCAUUCACCGGACCAUUCAUCAGUGUGCUCCUGUCGCGGCUCGAGAACAUGCUUGACAACUCUCUGCAUGUCAACCUGCUGCUGACUGGAAUCAUCGCCCAACUGGCUGCCUACCCACAGCCCCUGCUGCGCUCCUUCCUUCUCAACACCAACAUGGUCUUCCAGCCGAGUGUGCGCUCCCUCUAUCAGGUGCUGGCAUCUGUCAAGAAUAAUAUUGAGAAAAUCGCGGCUGCCAGGAAGGACUUCUCCACCCUGGUGUUUGAUGCCAAGCAGUACCUCCUCCACCGGGACAGCCCCCACUCAGAUCCUUUGGGGCCAGAAAAUGCACUAUGGUGUCACAAUGGAGAUGGCAGUCGAACACAGGUGCGACUUGGCAAACAGACGAGGGGGGCUCUUCCUGUACCUACUCUUCCUCCUACCUCUCCUCCUCUUCCUCCCAGGAUCCCCCCAUACAUGAGGAACUCUGUGUUUGCAGCUGUGCUGUUCACCGAGUUUCUCAAAGAGCUGGCAGCCACGGCGCAGGAGCACUCCAUCUUGUCACAUGCGCCACUGGAGGAGGAGUAGCAACAGCAGCAGCGCCCCCUGGUGGGGAGCAUUUGAAAAUGACUUUAAUAGUCGAAAGAGCUUCGGAGUUUAUUUUCUUAUAUUUCACGGUGCCUGGCACUACUUCAUUGAGAUGCGGCUCGGGUGGUCAUCCGCCUUUGUUGUGGGGUGUGGAAUGGAAGGGGGGCAUAUUUGCUGGCUUCUAAUGUCCGUCUCGGGGGGGCAUGUUGUGUCAGAAGCUGGUUCGUGUGGGCUCAAGCAUUUUCCCUUUCUCGUUGCUGUGUUGUUUAGUACAUAUGUGGGAAUAUUGCGCAAACAUUACUCGUAAUGGAACGCUGUACUAAUUUGGGACGUUCUUUGCUGACCGGUUUUAAUAUUUGAGUAGCUGAGCAGACACCUGACAAUCUCUGAGCUUAAGGUCUGAUUUGUAUCAGCAUGGAGGUGACAUUUGGCCAAAACAGCAUCGUUAACAUGAUAGGGUCAAAACCUAAGGGGUAUCGCUAGGGAUUAGUGAGCAGGCAGGGGCUCCAGGUGCCACGCAUUCUGAUUGGUGUGGAGUGUUGUGCUGCAAGAGGCUGUCAUGAGGAAUACCGGUGCCAGUCAUGAGACUUGCCCUGUGUUCUCCUCUAGGAUUGCAGUUCUCCGCCAUCCCAUCAAAGGACAUGCAUAUAUAAUCCUAAUGUAUGCCAUUCUUGAUUUGACUGGCUGCUGUGUGACAACAUCUGUCCCCAAUCCCACACAAUAAGACUUGAGGCAGUGACAGCCAGGAGAGGAACGCUAAACAGCCAUUAAACCAACAUAGCUUCAUCUGUUAUAGGAAGGCAAGGAGCCGGCAUAGGCAACCAAGAGCGACUUCACUGUAGACAGAAUGCAUCAGUAUAGAUGUAUCUUUUAAAGGAAGCAAGGAGCUGGCAUUGCACACCAGGAAGGACCCAGCUCUGGGCAGAAUGCAUCAAGGUAGCUUAAAGUAUUCUAGGGAGGCAAGGUAUUAAACACCAGAAAGGUCUCUACCCUGGGCAGAGUGCAUUAAGAUAGCGAGCGUAUUCCAUUCUAGAGAGGUAAGGAGCUGGCAUUGGGUACCAGGAAUGACUCAACCCUGGGUAGAAUGCAUUAAGAUAGCUUAAUCUAUUUAUAGGCGGGCAAGCAACCUGGCAUUGGGCACCAGAAAGAACACAGCCAUGGGCAGAAAGCAUCAGGAAAGCAUAUUCUAUUAUAGGGAUGCAUGGAGCUGGUAUUUGGGUACAGGGAAGGACCAAACCCUUGGUAGGAUGCCACCCUUGCCCCCCAUUUUUUUUGGAUAUCUUUAGGCCAUUCCUGGAUAUAGUCCUCCACAGGCAUAAGAAACGGAUUCCGUAAAGACUCCAAAUUUAACCCAACUUAGAGUAAUUGGGUGCACCUCACCAAGCACUGCAAAAACAAAUAACACAGACAGAGGGACAGUGUUGCUUAGAAAAAGAUUUGGACCUUUGGUGGGGGCUUGAGGCGAUACACCAGGCCAUUGCAGAGUCCACCGACACACUCCGCUAUGAGGCCAGUUUGGAUGUGAAACUAAUAGUGGGCAUCACCCCGUGCAGCGUGCACUUGGAUUCAAGCUGGAAAGCAGCACUAGAAAAGUAAGAUUCAGCUACAAGUUAGAAAACAUCUUCAUCAGAGACCACAGGGUCUCACUUUUAUGACUUUGUGGGGAGAUGAAAGGAUAUUGAAGGGGGGAAAGCUUCAUAGGGAAGGGUGCUGCAGAUAUUUAAGAUGAUUGUCAACCUUUGCUAAAUGACCGACUGUAGGGACCAGACAAGACCUGCCCUGUUUGUUUUAAUGAAGCUGAACUGGGUGGCACAGAGUUUGAUGAUGUAUGCCCGCCAGGGACUUGGGUUCAAUUUGUACUUGCUAAAGGACGGCUGGUAUGCAUGGCAAGGCUAAAUUUACCCCUUGGGACAAAUGAAGUGCUAAUGAGUGAACGAGCUGGAUAGAUAGAUAUAAAAGGCACAAUAUGAUCUAUGUAUGUCUAUAUUAUACACUGCCUUUAAUAUCUAUUAUAUAGUGCCUUUCACAUCUAUUUAUCUAAAUCGGAACAAGUUGGCACAUGUACUGCACGUUAAGUAUAAAUCACAUGAAGGCGAUGGAUGGCAACAUGUUAUUCAGGACUGUCCAGAACAGAAGCCCUCAAGUUCAGGCACGGCUGCAGGUUUUUAUUCCAGGUAGGGGUGUCAUUCUUUCCUUUCAUUGCUCUCAUUGUAUACUGUGCUGGCUUUUUUAUUCUCUAACGAGCUGUGCUAUCAGGGUUGAAAUCUAAAUAAUCAACGUAGACCUCAAGAGUUAAUGUUUUCAGUGUAUUUGUAUGUAUUUUGAAAUGCACAUAGUAAUGCAAUGCAUUGCAGUUGUCAUUCCAACAGAUGACACGUCACAAACAUCUGUCGUAAUACAAUGCAAUACAACAAAUGUUUGUGGUGCGCCAUGACAAAUGCAACGCUUAUGUCUAUUAUAUGCCAUUUGGAAUGGGAUUCAUAAAAGCAGUGUUAAUGUUUGAGUGAUACCAUCUGUUGGAGUGACAAAGGCAAUGCAUUUUAUUACUGGACAUUUAUUACAGAUACCUAGACACAGAGACACUUUGCUUUGCAAAAAGUAAAA